UAACAUAUUAGAAAGAAGAGAGCAGCUCAAACUCUUCAUUGUUCUCACUGUUCUUGCGGGUAAGCCAAACAGUAAAUCCCUUGAGCGAGAUUGAUGGUUAUCAAUUUGUCAAGCAAGAAAAUAUAAAGAUGAAAUCAGACAAGGAUGAGAGGAAAAACUUGGGUAGGUCAGGAUCAAAGAUUCCCAGUGAUAACUUUGGGCAACCGCAUUGGGAGGAGUGGCGAAUUUUUGGGAAGCUUUAUAUGGUGAGACCGAAUUGCAUGCAAGAGGAGGCGACAUUCUGGGCAGCGAAAUUCAGCAACAAACCAGAAACGAACUCAGAGCAGCAGUGCAGAGACGGAGCUGAAGAAAAACACCAAAGAACAAGAAGGCAGCAACAUCGGUAGUGGGAAUUUAACUUGGAGUGUCGUUUGUGGUUGUUCUUCCAUUGAUUUGGUAUUCUAAAUUUAAUUGAUUGUUUACAACUUUUGCGUGUGCAAUUCAAAAUAAUGGGUAGUUUACUAAGUUAUUUUUACCAUCAAUAGUUCAGUCUUUUAUUAGAUCGUGUUGAAUGAUUUUACACUUUGUUUCAAUUUAAUUAUUUAUCUCUUAAUUCGUAAAUAUGAUUUAUAUAAUUACCAUUGUUAGUAUUUCAGUUCUUAAUAUGUCAGGUUAGAUUAUAAGUGGGUAGGGAGAUAUAUUAUGCAUUGGAUUAUCGUAUUUUGAGAAUAAAUAUGUUAUAAUUCGCGGGUAUUAUGUUUAUAUCUUGAUUGGAUUGAUAAUCUGUUUUAUCGGAAUGAAUUAGUUAAAUUAUAUUCUAGACCGGCCAUCUUUAGUAUAGUUUGCUAGUUUGAUUGCUAGAAUAUUUAUUUGUGAUACGUAAUUAUCCGGAUUAAUACUCCUUAGUAGAAUUUAGGUGUUUUAUGGGUGACUGAAACUUAUCCGAUGCCUAUGAUUAUCAGCCCUUUAAGUUGCACGAAUUCGUGCUUGUGAGAUUUCUGGCUUAAGUUAGCUACUUCCUAGUUAUUAAUGCUUCUAAUUAAUCAAUUCUAGAGAGCUUAUUCUAGAUUGUUAGUUAGUUAGACAAUACUCCAAGAGCUUAUUUGGUUUAUUUGCAAUUAAGGGAAGUGUUAAAUGCUUGUUCGCGCCCAUCGGCUAACAUUGAGAUAAAAACAUGAUUUAUAUAAUUCGAUGAUCAAUCAAUAUUCCAAUGCUAUAUUGUAUCUCCCGAUCCCUAUUUUGUCAUUCUUGAUUUUUAAUAUUUAUUAUUACUGUCAGCUUUACAUCUCCGUACUUAGCUUAUUUUUAAGUCCAUAGUUUUUAUAUUAGAUCGUAAUAGUCAUUCUUCAAAUCAGGGGUUUUUAAAAUUUGCAAGUAAUAAUUUGGUGAUCUAAUUAUCUGUGGGAUCGACCCUAGCUUACCCUACUGCAUUUUAGGAGGUUUUAGAUAGGUUUAUUUUUGGUAGACAAGCGACAGUCUUACCAAAUUUGGCGUCGUUGCCGGGGAAUUGGCCUUUUAUUACAUUAUUACUUGUGUUUUUGCUAACUUUUCCUACUAACUUGUCAUCUAGUUCCUUGUUUGUGUAUGUGUGACAUAAGCUCGAAGAAUCAAAGAUUAAGGGAAUUUGCAGCAAGGAAUCAAGGACUUAUAAUUAAUCCUUUUUCUACUCUUCCUAUAGCUAAAAGGACUAAAAGGACUCGUGCUCCAAUACUGGAGCAAGCUUGUCAUAUUCCGUUACCUCAUAGUGAAAGUUCAUUUUCGGACGAGGAGGGUGAAUAUAUUUUUGAGAUGGGUGAUCAAACACUAAAGCAGCUCACAGCUCCAACGUUUGAUCCAAAUUUAUUGUGCAUAGUAGACGAUGAGGCAGAAAAUGAGAUCAAGCCGGGGUUGAUUAGAGCUCUUCCCACAUUUUCAGGUUUCCGUAAUACUAACUCCUUAGGUUCUGUUCACAUGAAUGAGGCUAGCAGAUUUUUAAAGGAAUUUCACAUAGCAUGUGCGGGGAUGAAACCGGAUGGGGUCACCCUCGACCAACUCAAGUUAAAGGCAUUUCCUUUUGCCUUGUCUGAUGCUGCUAAGGAGUGGUUGUUUGAAGUACCUGCUGGAACCAUCACAACAUGGGAUCAAAUGCUAAAAGUAUUCGUAGAAAGAUAUUUUCCAGCAUCUUUGAUAGCCAAUAUUAAGAAAGAAAUAUGUGGAAUUCGACAAGACGAUGCAGAGAUACUUCAUGAGUACUGGGAGCGUUUCAAGAAACUAUGUGAUAGUUGUCCAAACCAUCAGAUCAGUGGCAAUUAUUAGUAGAAUACUUUUACGAAGGACUCAAGGAGACAUAUAAGAAUUUAGUUGAUGUAGCAAGUGGUGGAGCACUGGUUGACAAAACACCUGCAAAUGUAAAGAAACUGAUUGCAAACAUGGCUGCAAACUCUCAGUAUUGAGGAGGUCGAAAUAUCAAGUCCACUUCUGUACGUCAAGUUAAUGAAGUGGUGAGUUCUAACCUCGAGCAACAAGUAGCUAAACUCACUUCCUUAGUGGAGCGAGUAAUGAUCGAAAAAGGGCAAGAAAAAGCAUGUGGCCUCUGUUCAAUGGUAGGACACCCAACUGAUACGUGCCCUACUCUGCAAGAAGAACAAGUAAAUUCUAUUGGUGGUGGUCAGGGGCAGCAAAGACGUUAUGAUCCAUUCUCUCAGAAUUAUAAUCUGGGUGGAGUGAUCAUCCAAACCUGAGAUAUGGUAAUGCUCAGCAGCAGGAAAACAACUCUAACCUCAGACUACCAGCUUUCCAGCAACAGCAAGCAUCUAAUCCUCCACCUGGUUUUCAUCAGCAACCACAAUAUCAGUCGCGACCUCAAAAUCAGCAAGUUUCCCAGCCAUAAUCUGGUAGCAUGUCUCUGGAAGAUAUCAUGAAGUCAAUGGCUGACAACACUUUGCAUUAUUAGCAAGAGACAAGAAGUGGUCUAAAGAACUUGGAGAACCAAGUUUCCCAGUUAGCUAACACAGUGGGAAAGCUCCAAGCUCAGAACUCUAACAAGCUUCCGAGUUAACCAGAGAGACCAAAGGAGAACGGCAGUGCAAUAUCACUUAGAAGUGACAAGCAAUUAGAGAUCCCAGCGAAAAAGACUAAAGGGCUGGCAGAACACCAAGAGGAACAGGAGACUAUUGUUCCAGAACAAGAUAAGCAACCCCCUAAGGUAAGUGAUGUUGUUUCUCCUAAUACUAAUCUAUUUUAUUCUUCUGUUCCAUUUCCUAGCAGGUUAUCAUCUAAGAAUAAGAAGAAAGACCAUGAAAAGGAGAAAGAGACCCUAGACAUUUUUUGCAAGGUUGAGGUGAACAUACCUCUACUGGAAGCUAUAAGACAAGUGCCGCGGUAAGUAAAGUUCUUGAAGGAAUUGUGCAAUAACAAGAGGAAAUUGAGUGGAGAUGAAAAAGUCAGUGUAAGUGAGAAUGUGCCUGCUAUUUUACAGAGGAAAGUUCCUCCAAAGUGCAAGGAUCCAGAUAUUUUUACUAUACCCUGUAAAAUAGGUAACACGAGAUACGAUAAAUGCAUGCUAAACUUAGGAGCUUCUAUUAAUGUCAUGCCUUUAUAUAUCUAUAAAGCUCUGAACUUAGGACCUUUGAAAGACACUCGAGUGAUUAUUCAGCUUCCCGACCGUUCUAAUACAUACCCUAUAGGAGUAGUUGAGGAUGUCUUAGUGCAACUGAAUGAAUUGGUAUUCCCUGCUGAUUUUUAUGUUUUAGAUAUGCCAAAUGAUGAAUCCUCUAAUGCAACACCAAUCUUAUUAGGGAGACCUUUUUUAAAAACAUCUAGAACCAAGAUUGAUGCUCAUAGUGGGGUUUUGACUAUGGAAUUUGAUGGGGAGGUUAUCCGAUUUAAUUUAUUUGAUGCAAUGAGAUACCAUUCUGAUUGUGAAUCUGUUUCUAGUAUUGAUGUCAUUGAUGCACUAACUGAGCAAGUAAUUUUUCUCUCUGGUCAUGAUGGGUUAGAUGUUGUUUUGACUGAACCUGUGGAAAAAGAGAAAUAUACUGACUUGCAGGAACAUUUUGAGCUUGAAGAUGAGAUCAAGGAAGCUUUCUCUUCCUUGGAAGUGCUUCCAAAUAAGCAAGGAAGGUAUGCAGAUCGUUUUAUGAAAUUGCCUGUCACAUCUAACAGACUUCUGCCUUCUAUUGUACAGGCCCCUGAAGUGGAACUAAAGCCACUGCCAGACCAUCUCAAGUAUGCAUUUUUGGGAGAAAAUGACACUCUGCCAGUCAUAAUCGCGAGUAAUCUAACUCCGACUCAAGAGCAAAAGCUGUUGCAAGUUCUCAAGGAGCAUAAAACAGCUCUAGGGUGGACGGUUGCUGAUAUAAAAGGAAUUAGUCCCUCUAUGUGCCAACAUAGAAUCUUAUUAGAAGAGGGAUCUAAACCUGUGAGACAAGUGCAAAGGCGACUUAAUCCACCUAUGAUGGAAGUGGUGAAGAAAGAAGUAAUGAAGCUCUUGAAGUAGGGGUGAUAUACCCUAUAUCAGAUAGCCCUUGGGUCAAUCCCUUGCAAAUGGUCCCAAAAAAGUAAGGAGUCAUAGUGGUGGAAAACGAUAAGGGAUAAAUGGUUCCCACACGAGUUCAAAAUGGGUGGAGAGUUUGUGUAGAUUACAGGAAACUUAAUUCUAUGACUCGAAAAGAACAUUUUCCCUUACCCUUUAUUGAUCAAAUGGUAGGACAUCUUGCUUGUCAUGCUUAUUACUGUUUUCUUGACGGAUAUUUAGGUUAUGUGCAAGUACCUAUAACUCCAGAGGAUCAAGAAAAAACGACGUUCACAUCCCCGUACGGCACAUUUGCGUAUCGUCGUAUGCCAUUUGGACUGUGCAAUGCUCUAGCGACUUUUCAGAGAUGUAUGGUAAGCAUCUUUUCAGAUUAUCUUGAAAAUUUCAUAGAAGUUUUUAUGGAUGAUUUCACUGUGCAUAGAGAUUCUUUUGAUAGUUGCUUAGAACACCUCACUUUGGCUCUUAAACGUUGUCUUUAAACUAACCUUGUGCUUAAUUAUGAAAAAUAUCAUUUCAUGGUUCAAGGUAUAGUUUUAGGCCAUAUUGUGUCUUCUGAACGAAUAAAAGUCGAUAAAGCUAAAAUAUAUCUUAUUUCUUCUCUGCCUUACCCCACCUCUAUGCGGGAAGUUCGUUCUUUUCUUGGCCAUGCAGGUUUCUAUCGAAGGUUUAUUGAAGGCUUUUCGAAGAUUGCACAACCACUAUGCGGACUACUCCAAAAAGAUGUGGAGUUCCACUUUGAUGAGGCCUGUAAGCAAGCAUUUGACAAGCUGAAAGACAAGUUGGUCACUGCCCCUAUUUUACAACCUCCUAACUGGGAGCUCUCGUUUGAGCUGAUGUGCGACGCUUCUAAUUAUGUUGUAGGGGCAGUGCUAGGCCAGUGAGUUGGAAAAGUUCCCCAUGCCAUCUACUAUGCCUUAAGGACUUUGGAUGCGGCUAAAGCUAAUUAUACUACAACUGAGAAAGAACUUUUAGCUGUAGUUUUUGCUUUAGAUAAAUUUAGGUCUUAUUUAUUAGGUACUAAAAUUGUUGUGUUUACUGAUCAUGCAGCGCUGAAAUAAAACCUAGGCAAAUACGUUGGAUUUUAUUGCUUCAACGAUUUAAUGUUGAAGUAAAAAAUAAAAAAGGUUCUGACAAUAGUGUUGCUGAUCAUUUGAGCAGGUUAGUUAUUGAAGUUGAUGAAGAUAAAGCCCCAAUCAAUGAAGAGUUCCCCGAUUAGCAACUUCAUGCCUUGAGCUCAAGAACUCCUUCGUAUGCUGAUUUGGUAAAUUUUUUAGUAUCUCGGAAGUUUUUAACAAACUACACAAAGGCACAAAAGGAUUGGAUGCGGAGCAUAGCGAAGUAUUAUAUAUGGGAUGGCCCGUAUCUCUGGAAAUACUGUGCUGAUCAACUAAUCAGAAGGUACGUACCUGAUUCUAAAUUUCCUUCUAUACUAACCUUUUGUCAUUCUUAUGCUUGUGGAGGACAUUUUUGACCUAAGAGAACUGCACGCAAGGUUUAAGAAAGCGGAUUUUACUAGCCCUCUGUAUUCAAAGAUGCAUAUGAUAUAUUUGGAGAAGACGGUCAAAAGCCUCUGGGACGAGUUGCAGCCACUUAAGAACAUUGCCCAUAAGGCUGAAAAUCUCCAGAAGUCUUUGGACAAGGUUAAGGAUUGCAUAGAGAAGCAGGAGGCGGCCAUCACUAAAGAGCUCAAGGCCAAAGCUGAGACUGAGAAGAUGGCUUUGGCUCAGGCCAUGAUGGAGGACUCGGCCAAUAUUAUGAGGAUGACCUGGUCGGCCCUCUUCCCAAAGGCUAACUAUGCCGAAUGGGAUUCCAAGUUCACCGCUUGUACUGAAGAGUACAAUAGAAGAAUCAUGCAGCAGGCGGCUGACGAGGAUGAAAGAGAAGAGGAAGAGGCGGCCAGUUCUAGCUCAGGCGAGGACAAGGAGAUGGUCGACCAGCCAACAGAGGAGGAUGCUCCUAAGAAUCCUGCCCCUGAAAACGAGUCAAACAAAGAGGAUGCCUUGAAGGAUCUGGCGCUCGAUCAGGCGGCUUUUAACUCGGAAGCCCCUCCCAAUGUUUAAAGCUUUUAUUUUUCAAACUUUUCUCCGGCCUGUGUGCCGUUUGUUUGUGAAUUUCCUUUACCCGACCAUGGGGUCGGGGUUAUGAAUAUUUUGUCGGUCUUCAUGGUCGGCUGUUUUAUUACGAAACUGGCGACCACUUUUUGGUCGUCUUUGAUCA